AACUGAAGCUGCACUUGGGUCCAAACAGAGUUCAGUUCCUGUGUGCGAUGAGGGGUUUGGCACGGCUCACGGGUGUCUGCGCCCUCGCCGUGUUGGGAGCUGCUGCGUACAGAUUGGGCCCUGUGCGGGUGGGCACGUCUUCUGUUCACACCUCCCAAAGGACACUCCUAGUUGCUCAGUCUGACAUGAGGAUCGAGUUGCUGCCUGCGCUGACGGACAACUACAUGUACCUCCUUAUCGACGAUGAGACCCACGAGGCUGCCAUUGUUGACCCCGUGGAACCACAUAAGGUUGUAGAUGCUGUCAAGAAACAUGGGGUAAAGCUGACAACCGUCCUGACCACACACCACCACUGGGACCAUGCAGGAGGAAAUGCAAAGCUUGUUAAAAUGGUGCCAGGGCUGAAGGUUUAUGGAGGAGAUCCACGUGUGGAUGCACUUACUCAGAAAGUGACUCAUUAUGACACGUUCAAGGUUGGCUCACUGAAUGUCAAGUGCCUGUUCACACCAUGCCACACAUCAGGACACAUCUGCUACUUUGUUUCCAAGGAGAAAAGUCCAGACCCACCAGCUGUGUUUACUGGUGACACCUUGUUUGUUGCUGGCUGCGGGAAGUUCUUUGAAGGCACUGCAGAUGAGAUGUGCAAAGCCCUGCUCGAUGUUUUGGGACGCCUUCCUCCAGAGACGAGAGUCUUCUGUGGCCAUGAGUACACAAUCAACAACCUCAAGUUUGCACGGCAUGUCGAGCCAAACAAUGAAGCCAUCAGAAAGAAACUGGCAUGGGCAAAGGCAACAUAUGACCGGGGAGAGCCCACCAUCCCAUCCACAAUUUCUGAUGAGUUUACAUUUAAUCCAUUCAUGAGAGUCAGGGAGAGGUCUGUUCAGGAGCAUGCUGGGAAGACUGAUCCUAUCAGCACAAUGGCAAGCAUUCGCAAAGAAAAGGAUGGCUUUCGAGUCCCCAAAGACUGAAGAUGGGGGCAGAAGACCUGGCUAGUAGCACUUCACCACUUGUCACCUUCAGCACUACUAUUUUGAAUAAUAUGAAUGUAUAUAGAGACAUAUUUGCAUUUUAAAUGACAAUAAGUUCAUUUUCAUUCCUUAAAUGUUUUACUAAGAACGGAGGAGUGAUUUUUAAUGCAAGGCACACUGUCACAUGUUCUGUGUGAUGUUUUAGGUUCAAUACCAGCGUGACAUUAAUGUUGAGUGGACAAAAGAUUACACUGGCAUUGCAGUGCUCUGUACGAGGCUGCUAAAUACUAGCCAUACACUUUCUCUUCAACAUGCUUCAUGUGUAUGUAGGUAGUUUCCUGUCCCUACUGUAGUGGGCCUGGCUCUUGAGCCAUCCUUAUGACCACUAGGUAGAGCUGGCCCUUUGGAAAUGCCAACGGACUUGUGUAAUUUUGCGCUGCUGCUUAGACUCAGCCUCUAUAAAUUAAACAGAGCUUGUGCCUCAUUUAAGUAAAAAUCUAUUAAAGUGAAGAUUAUCAAUUGUGUGCCUAGCUUUUCUAUCUUCUGCUCCAGCAGUCCACCCAUGCAAGUGUCUUAUUAGAACACCAGAAUAAUAUUGAUGAGAAGAGGUCAUUCAGCUUAACAAAGCUUGUUAAUUCUAUUCAUGUCAUUUCUCCAAAAUCACUUCAGGUCCAUAAAGUACUAUGGUCUACCACACUAGUUGGUAAUAUAUUAUAUGUGCUUAUAAUUCUUCUUGUGAAGGAAAACCUUUUCUGGAUUGUGCAAAAUUUAUCCUUAAAAUGUUUCUGUGUGCAUUAGCAUGUCCUUGUUCAAGAAUUUAUUUUAAAAAAAUAGUACGCAUACAUCAUGCUAAUGGCUGUCAGAAUUUUAAAUACUUCAUUAAUGCCACCUCUUAAUCUAUAUUUGUACAUAUUAAAAAAGUUCAACUCCUUCAA